AUGUCGUAUGCUGCCACAAGUUCCACUCCUAAGCGUCCUGGGUCAAUCCGAACUCCACGAGAUGGGGACUCUGCUUACGUGCAGGACUCGAACGCUGUCUCCGAGGCGGUGAAGAGAAUCCAAAGCUGCGCUGCAGAUAUCCGAAAAGAGACCCACUUGCUCGGGUCUGUGCAGCCGCUGUCAUCACGGAAGAAGGUGGAAGAAGCCGUGCAUCUGGGAAAGCAGUCCGUGGAUGAGGGCAAGCGACACUUGCAGAAGCUUAGCUGCCUUAGCGGCGGCAGCAUCAGCGAGCAGCGAUCGCGGGUAUUUACGCAGCAGAUGCUCCGCGAGAAGCUGGAGAUUGCCACGACCGACCUUGAGGCCACUUUCCAGGCUUUCGAGAAGGCCGCGAAGAACCGAGAGGCCGCGCAGAGCAGGGCCUCGGCCGCCAGGCUCGGAGAGCAUGUGGAGAUGGGUGCCAUGCCCGGCGGUGCCGAGCUUGGAGCUGCGCGACAGCAAGUCCAAGAAGCGAACGUCAUUUCAGAGGGUGAAGCGGAGAUUCACGCCGCCAUGGUAGACGAGUAUGUGGAGCAGAUUUCCACAAUUGAGCAAGAUGUUCGAGGACUUCAGCAGGCCAUGGUCGAUUUGGCCACGCAUGCGAAGGUUCAGAGCGACAUGCUGGACCACAUUGAAGCCCACUCCGAAUCUUCAUCUGCCACCACUGCAGAUGCAACCGCGCAGCUGACGCAAGCCAGUCGCCGGCAAAGUCGUGGCUCAAAGUUCAUCUACUGGCUGCUGCUGGUGGCAGCGGUCCUUGCAGUCAUUCUGAUAUUCGUCGUUGUAAAUAAAAGCAGUACAGGCACGUGA